UUUUCUCUCUUCAGCGUAAUCGAUGCGAUGCCAGCAAAGAUGGCGGCAAAGCGGCGAUGAGUGCUUCAUCUUAAUGUGUUAUAGUUUCGUAUUUACUGAUUUUUCUUUGCUGAAAUCAAAUUGUCGCUUUUAAGUUUGAUCAGUUAAAAUGUGGAGAGUCUGAAAAGUGCGGUGACCUUUGUUUUUACGGCUCAUAUAUUUGUUGUGGCGUCGGGUGUGCAUCGCAGGAUCUUCUUUGUAAAAUGGCCCCAGUGCAGAUCGGGUCAGACGGGCAGCUUGUCCCGUUUGGGGGCCCGGUAGUUUCAGGUCCUCAGCAGCCACCACCCGGGGCACCGGCUGCGCAAGGGGUACGGCUGAGUAUGCUCAUCGACUUUCUGCUCCAGAGAACCUACCAUGAAAUCACCCUGCUGGCGGAGCUAUUACCCAGAAAAACCGACAUGGAAAGAAAAAUAGAAAUUGUACAAUUUGCUAGCCGAACAAGACAACUGUUUGUGAGGCUCCUGGCACUUGUGAAAUGGGCCAGCAAUGCUGGAAAAGUUGAAAAAUGUGCUAUGAUCUCCAGUUUUUUGGACCAGCAGACUAUUUUGUUUGUUGAUACAGCAGACCGGUUGGCAUCAUUAGCCAGAGAUGCUCUGGUACAUGCUCGUUUACCCAGCUUUGCUAUUCCUUUUGCAAUAGAUGUUCUGACCACAGGAUCAUACCCACGCCUACCUACAUGCAUUCGGGAUAAAAUAAUUCCUCCAGAUCCAAUAACCAAGACAGAAAAGCAGACAACCCUAAACCAACUUAAUCAGAUAUUACGACACCGCCUUGUCACCACAGAUCUACCUCCACAGCUAGCCAACCUUACUGUUGCAAAUGGACGGGUGAAAUUUCGUGUCGAAGGAGAGUUUGAGGCCACUCUGACUGUGAUGGGAGAUGAUCCAGAUAUUCCUUGGCGACUGCUGAAACUAGACAUUUUGGUUGAAGAUAAGGAAACUGGAGAUGGUCGAGCCUUGGUACAUAGUUUACAGGUGAACUUCAUCCAUGAGCUGGUACAAGCACGCCUGUGUGCAGAUGAGAAACCUCUUCAGGACAUGUACAACUGUUUGCACUCUUUCUGUCUAUCGCUGCAGCUUGAGGUGCUGCACUCUCAAACUCUGAUGCUGAUCAGAGAAAGAUGGGGAGACCUGGUCCAAGAGGAAAAAUAUGUGCCAGCAAAAUUCCUUACCCUUUCUGUUUGGAACCAACAGGUUCUGGGUAGAAAAACUGGAACAGCAUCUGUUCAUAAAGUCACAAUAAGGAUAGAUGAAACUGAUGGAUCAAAGCCACUGCAAAUAUCUCAUGAGCCAUCACUUCCAGCCUGUGAUCCAAAGUUAAUGGAAAGAGCUAUGAAGAUUGAUCAUCUGUCAGUGGAGAAACUUCUUAUUGACAGUGUCCAUGCCAGGUCACAUCAAAAGUUACAGGAACUUAAGGCAAUCCUCAAGGCUAAUAACCCUUGUGACAACUCGUUCAUUGAAACUGCUUUACCCACAUUAGUAAUUCCUAUUCUGGAGCCCUGUGGUCGCUCCGAGUGCCUUCACAUUUUUGUUGACUUGCAUUCCGGCAUGUUCCAGCCAAUGCUGUAUGGACUGGAUCAGUCCAUACUUGAUGACAUUGAAAAAAACAUCAAUGAUGAUAUGAAGCGUGUCACAUCUUGGCUGCAACAACUGAAAUUCUGGUUAGGUGAGCAGCGUUGUCGUCAGUCUGUGAAGCAUCUCCCCACUGUGUGUACAGAUGUUCUACACCUCUCAAAUUCAUCCUCUCAUCCUGUUGGAGACUUGUCCAAACACAAACUAUUCAUCAAACUGACACGACUGCCGCAAUACUACAUAGUGGUUGAAAUGAAUGAAGUACAAAGCAAUCCUACUUCAUUGCAGUACAAAUACUCUAUACUGUCAGUAACUCAGUUAGAGGGAGAUGAUGGACCUUUGUGUGCACAGCUACUGCAGCAUUUCAAACCUAAUCUUGAACACCUCGUUCAGGACAUCACAACAGGGAAAGGAGCCAGACUGGGCAGUAAAAGAAAAUUGCCUCCAGACCAAGGAGAUUCCGAGCCCAAAAAGCCCAAACGAUCUGGGGAAAUGAGUGCCUUUAACAAAGAACUGGCGCAUCUAGUGGCUAUGUGUGACACCAACAUGCCAUUUAUUGGACUAAGGACCGAACUGUCCAAUAUGGAGAUUCCAAACCAGGGUGUCCAAGUAGAGGGAGAUGGGAGCAGUCACGCAAUACGACUAUUAAAAAUACCUUCUUGUAAUGGUGUGGGUGAGGAGACGAGAAGAGCUCUAGAGCGCUCCCUGCUGGAUUGCACAUUUCGCCUCCAGGGCAGGAAUAACAGAACCUGGGUGGCUGAAUUGAUCUUGGCUAAUUGUCCUCUUAACAGUACGCAGUGCAAAGAACAAGCUUCCACCAGGCAUGUGUACCUGACCUUCGAAAACCCUCUGUCAGAGCCAGUUGGUGGGCGGAAAGUGGUGGAGAUGUUCCUCAAUGACUGGAAUGCUAUCAGUCAACUAUAUCAAUGUGUCCUCAACUUCUCAAGAGCACUGCCUGAAAUGCCACCAUAUCUCAAUAUGUUCUCAGAAGUACGCCUGUAUAAUUACCGUAAACUGGUGCUUUGCUAUGGAAGCACUAAGGGGAGCUCAGUUACCAUUCAAUGGAACUCAAACAGCCACCGAUUUCACCUGUCUCUGGGAACUGUGGGUCCUAAUUCUGGCUGUUCAAACUGUCACAAUAUCAUUCUCCACCAACUACAAGAGAUGUUCAAUAAAAAUCCAAAUGUGAUGCAGCUUCUACAGGUCCUUCAUGACACACUAGGUCCCCUGAAUGCAAUAAACAAACUACCAACAGUUCCCAUGCUUGGCCUAACCCAGCGCACAAACACUGCCUACCAGUGCUUCUCUAUUUUGCCCCAAUCUCCUACACACAUCCGCCUGGCAUUUAGAAAUAUGUACUGCAUUGACAUCUACUGCCGCAGUCGUGGUGUUGUGGCCAUUAGGGAUGGAGCCUAUAGCCUUUUUGACAACACUAAAAUUGUAGAAGGAUUCUAUCCUGCUCCAGGUCUCAAGACGUUUUUGAACAUGUUUGUAGACAGUAACCAAGAUGCCCGCAGACGUUCAGUCAAUGAAGAUGAUAACCCUCCCUCUCCAGUUGGACCAGAUGUCAUGGAGACUUUAAUGAACCAGUUCCAGCCACAGCCACAAACCAUGAGGCCAGCACCAGGAGGCGUAUAUCCGUCCCUCACAUCACCUCCUCCAAAUUACCACACCAAUGUCACUCCGUCUCCAUCCAUGAUGCCCACUCAAUCCCCAGGGAACAUCCAUGCUUCUGGCUCCCCUAGUGGGGCUCUUAGGGCACCCUCUCCUUUUGGACCUACCCCCUCUCCAUCCUCUCUUGGCAUAGCCAUGGGCCAGACCAGCUUUGCCAGUCCCCACGGUACUCUAGAUCCCAGCUCGCCAUAUCCAAUGGUGUCUCCCAGCCCUAGAGGUCAGUGGCCUGGCUCACCCCAGGUCUCGGGGCCUUCUCCUGGUGCCCGAAUUCCUGGCAUGUCCCCUGGUAACCCAUCACUGCACUCUCCAAUUCCUGAUCCUCAUUCUCCACGUGCUGGUACAAGUUCCCAGAUAAUGCCUUCAAGUAUGCCGCCUCCACGCACUCUACCUCAGCGCCCCUGGGCUGCCUCCAUACCCACUAUCCUCACCCACAACGCCUUGCAUGUGCUCCUACUCCCAUCGCCCACUCCCUGCCUAGUGCCCGGCCUGGCAGGAAGCUACCUCUGCUCCCCUCUGGAGCGCUUCCUAGGUUCAGUCAUCAUGAGACGACACCUACAGAGAAUAAUUCAGCAAGAACCCAAUUUAACCAUUGUAAACUCCAAUGAGCCUGGAGUCAUCAUGUUCAAGACAGAUGUGCUGAAGUGUCGUGUGGCUCUAAAUCCUAAGAAUUACCAGACAUUACAAUUGAAAGUCACCCCAGAAAAUGCUGGUCCCUGGUCCCAAGAAGAGCUUCAGGUGUUGGAGAAGUUCUUUGAGACAAGGGUUGCCGGACCUCCCUUUAAAUACAACACACUGAAUGCCUUCACAAAGCUUCUUGGUGCUCCUACACAUAUUCUUAGAGACUGUGUUCGCAUCAUGAAGCAUGAACUGUUCCCAGACCAAGCCAACCAGUUAAAAUGGAAUGUCCAGUUUUGUCUCACCAUCCCACCAAGUGCUCCCCCCAUUGCUCCACCGGGAACCAUUGCUGUGGUCCUCAAGUCCAAAAUGCUUUUCUUUUUACAGCUUACCCAGCGUAUUCCACUGGCCCAGGACCCAGUGAGCAUCAUUGUGCCUAUAGUUUACGACAUGGCCACCGGUCUCACUCAGCAGGCGGACAUCCCCAGACAACACAGUUCAUCUGGAGCUGCAGCACUCAUGGUCUCAAAUAUUCUGAAGAGGUUCAACGAGAUGCAUUCUGCCAGACAAGGGGAGUGCACAAUAUUUUCUUCUGUCCAUGAGCUGAUGGCCACCCUCACGUUACCUCCUGGCACUCGGUAGAUUGCAUGGAAUGUCUGAAUAGUGUCUAAUCCAAAAAAUUGUGAGGAAACCUGUUAUUUUCAGUUUUACAGUUUCUGUAAUGAAACAGUAAAUACAAUGAAUUGUCUUGUUUCAAGUUUAGUUUUUUAUAUCAAACAAAAUCUCAGAGGAUAAGCAUUUGAUGCAAGAUAUUUUCACCCCAGGUGCACUGUAAACAGAAAAAAAUAUGUAUUGAAUUGAGGUUGUUUACAAAAUAUGUACAUUAUUGUAUAUUUGAGAAUGAGAUUUUGCUAGAAAACUUGUCAUUAAUGUUUUUUAUCAGACAGACUAGGACCAGGAUAUAUUUGUAAAUCCACCCUACACUAUUUAAAUGUCUUUACCCCCUGCGUCUGUCUUUUAAUUUGAGGCUUAAGUGUGGCAGAAAAAUAUUGUAUUUUAUUACAUUGUUUUGAACUGCUUAUAAAAAUAUCUUGUACAAAAUGUAAUAAAUAAAACCCGGAGUUGGUUUGUUCUUCCA